UUCCGUCAACAACCACAACUCCAGCAUCAACUACAGGCAAUACAAAAUCUUUUACGCCAACUGCACUUUCAACACAAAUCAGCUCGUAGUUCGAAUGCUCUUAUUGACGAAAUAGAUGAGUCAUUUAAUUGUGUUCAAAAAAAGGUCCGAUUAAUUGCAGUAUCCACUCAAACAAAAUAUUUGGGAAAUCAGACCUGUAGCAACCACGAACCAGUUUCUUCCUUGUCUGCUGUAACCGCAAAAGAUUCUGACAGGGUCUCUAUGGCUACUACGGCAGCGUCAGGGCAUACGAUGUAUACAGUACACCGUGUGGUUACGACAGCGCAAAUCCAAACAGCAAUUGGCAACACAUACACAUCUUCUUCUAGCGUUUCUAGCGUUGUCAGCGCGCUUCGCAAUGAAGAGGAAAAUAUAACAUCACCGAUGGCAGCAAGUUUACCUACCGUGAAUGGAAAUUGUGCUUUAAAUUUAAAUAGCUGUCCCGCAGCUCCAGGAAGGCGCUUAACUAAUAUGGAAGAUAAUUCCAUCGCAAAUAAUAUUUUACAAUCUGGUACAGCUGCCAAGGAUUCCAGGCAAUCCCCUGGCUAA